CGCCAUUCGGCGCUCGCGAAAGCUAGGUUAAUUGUCGAUCGGGGAUGAAAUCGCGGAGAGAGAAUUUUGCGAGACGCGCCGUGCGAAUGCGAGAUGAUAUAAUUUAAUGAAUGGGUGAAAUAAGAAAUGAUGAAAAUAAUGCCGAGACGAUGAAUAAAAUAUGGGAUUUAAUUAUGCAAUUGACAUAAAUUAUACGACAUGAGCAUAAUCUGGAAGUGUCAGUCACGUUGGACUGAUAUAUUAUUCUUAUGGAAUAAAUUAAAUUUGCAAAAUAGGUAUAUGAAUUAACAUGUAGAAUGUAAAACGCAGAUAAUAAACGACAUAAACGCGAUAAUUUUGCAAUAAUUGUUUCGAGAAAUAUAUAUAGUAUGUUCUAGUAGAAAGGUAUCAUCGGAGGACAAAUUUACAAAAAUGGUCUGUUCUACGUGCAUCAAGAGACUGGAGGGUGUCCAUCGCUUCGCAAUGAUGGCAUACCGUACCCAAGAGAAGUUGAGGUCGCAGCUUUACGGUAACAUUGACAAUACGAAUCCUGUACAAGAUGACGAGAUACAGAAUAUUAAACAUAUGCAAGACACAACGGUGAAGAAGACGGAAGAUCGAGGACUAUUACAUUCGAUCUUGACAAAGGGUGCAAUAGAAAUUUUAACCGAGGACGAGCCACUGGGACCACUGGAAUCAAAUUCCCAAGAGGACAAACGUUGCACUCCGAGCAUGGAGGAGAUGGAGGUGAAAGUGGAUCCGAUGCUGUUUUUACAAUGUGGCAUGGAACAGUCUACGUCCGAAGCUUCAGACUCCUCGGACGAGGAGGAAAUAACAAGGACACAUACGCCGGAGCCGAUAUCUUUAACGAACAAAAGCGCUGAAAUGGAAGAGGAGGACGACGACGAGAAGAGAGAUGAAAGUGAAUCUAAAUCGCACGAGGACAGUAGAAAGGCUACAUCCAAUGCGCCAGGGAAAACGCACGAAUGUACAAUAUGUGCCCGAUCUUUUAUAUCGCAAAUUGGAUUGCAAAAUCACCUGUGGUCGCAUUUACCCAGAGAGAGAAGGUUCGACGGGAAGCCUAUUUUACAAUCCCACGUUUAUUCUACGAAUGGUGUGCUUCACACGAACAGUGAUAACAAUUCGUCCAGCAACUUCAUCUGUCCAAUCUGCAGUAAAAAGAUUUCUACGAAGGGAAAUUUGAAAGUGCAUUUAGAGACUCACAGGCCUAAAGGAAAGUACGGCUGCGACAUAUGUGGAAGAAUAUUCAAAACUCAAUCGAAUCUGUUCAGACACAAGGAGUAUCACGGCGGCGUACAGUUUCCAUGUAAUGUAUGCGGGAGAGUGUAUCCAACGAAUUCGACGUUACGUGCCCACAGCAUAACGCAUUCGGACUUGAGACCGCACGCGUGCCCGCUCUGUGAUAAGACAUUCAAGCGUAAUCAGGAUUUAAAAUUCCACAUAAAUCAGCACACGGGUGCGAGGCCUUAUCAGUGUCCUUACUGUCCGAAAGCUUUCGCGAGCUCCGGCAACUGUUUUUCACAUCGUAAAAGAAUGCAUCCCCGGGAGGUCCAUCGGGAUCGGCAGAGAGCGGCGGACUUAAUGAGAUGAACCAUGGGCAGUCAAUACGAGGACUGGUCUUAGAAUUUUUCGGAUGAAAACGUUCCGCCGAGGUGAUCGUAUAUUGAUCGUGGUAUUAGUAGAUCUGUCGUAAUGUAAACCUUUAUUUCCAGAGAUUAACGGUGCUAAGGAUACGAGAACGGAAAUUUUGUAUGUUUUAUUGUUCUUAAAUUAUUUAUAUACAUUUAGCGUUAAGUACGUUGUUGUUGGUAUUAUAUAUUUUGUUAGUUAUUUAUUGGAUACGUAUGUCUUUCUACUGUCUGAUAGAGGAUGUUCGUAAAUAUGAGAUAUUGGUGAAACUUCCAUUAUUGUUAGUAAGCUUAGCGUUGAGGCUUUACUACAGGUAUAGCAGAGAAACUGAGAAAGUAAGUUUGAAAUUUCAUAGCCAGAUUUAAGUAUUGAUACUUCUAGUCUUAUUUUUUAUGCAUAUAUUGAUGCAAUUUAUACGAGAUUAUUUUAGCGAUAGGAAGUGAUAAUUGUUAAAUGUUUCUAGGAAUAUAAUGUAAUUGUAUUAUUCUAAAUGUAUUUACUGUAAAUCGGUUAACAUAUUUGAAUCUCGACAUAUUUCGUUACAUAUUAGCACAUCCUGUUUUUGUGAUAAAAAUAUUCCACACUGCCAUUUUUGCGAGAAUCUCUUCAUUUUUUAAAUCUUUUAUUUUAUCCUGAGAUUAUUAAAACAAGUAUUAACGUAGAUAGUAGUAAUUUUACAAUUUGUGUGAUGUACUUCCAUGAAAAAGUUUAUGUGUGGCAAGAUACAUUGUAAAGCUAGUUCUAUACUGUAUAUGACUACAUUAUCUUGACAACUCUGUGAUAAUUGUAUUGGUACUGGUCGUUUUAUACUGGUUAUGAAAUUUACAACUUACCGUAUAAUAGAAAUAUUAUUCUACGAGCGUAGAUUAUACACGAUUGUAGCAUUAUUCAAACAGUGACGAAGAUUCUAAAGAAAGAAAAAAAACACGUUAUUUUACACACAGCAAUCAAGCAGAUAAUCCACAGGGAACUUUAUACGGAACAUACGUAUCGACCAAAAAGAAAAAAAAAAGCGAAAAUUUGCGGAAAGAAAGGGGGGGAAAAAAGAGUUUUGUAGCCUGUGACAUAUUUUUAGCACAAUACAAACAUCAUCAUAAAUGUUAAGACUGUAUACGAAAAUUAUGUGUCAAAUUAGAUAAUAUAACUUUAAGGGCGGACGAGACCGAAUGUUACACGAGAACAAGUCUAGUCGUCUAGCAGUAUUAAUUAUCAAUAAGCAAGACGUGUAGGCGCCGUAGUCGAUAUUACAAAUACGAUCAUGACGUUAUUCUUAUAAGCGAGAUAUAUGAGGUAAAUGUUAAACAGAAGUCUGAGUAGUUUCUAGGAAGGCAUAGUUAAGUUAGUUAAUUAGUUAGAUAGUUUGUGUAAAACGUAGUUAAUAGUCCGUGCUUCCGUAUACAUUUCGCACACGCGCUAAAAAAAAAAACACCGCAGCAGGCGUAAAAAAUAGUGAGCAUUACAGGCCCCUCCCGUGAGAAAGAAACAAGUACACAUACGACAGUCAGUACACAAACAAUAAGUAGCUCGUAUCGCAGAGACAAAAAAAAGGAAACCACAUGUGUAAUCACAUUAUAUUAAUAGCAGCAUUAUUAGCUCAUAGAGAUACAAGCGUGUAUUUUGUGAUUACGUUUUUUCCGGACGCUUGCCGACAUAUAUUAUAUAUACAAACACUUAGAUAUAGGCAACAAUAAUAGUUAUAUAUAUAUAUAUACACAAAAAUAAUCAAUUUUUGAAAGAGAAAGAGCAUCCGACGGUGAACCCGGUGCUCGCGGCUCAAUCGUCGUCAUUCUUGCAUUUUAGAUCUUAGAGAAUCAAAAAUUGAGUAUUUUUCUAAAAACCGACACGCCAAAGACACACACAGUCCUAGCAAUCGAGACUAGUAAUUAACAAUAAUUCAGAAGUGCCAGUUGUAAUGCAGAAAAUUAACAUAUAGCGUAUUUAGCAGCAGAGACAAAUACCAUGGAGGAUCAUUCUGUAGAGUUAGUGCAAAAUACACCAUCUGUGACGUAUAUAUAUAUACAUAUAUAUAUAUGAAAUAAAUUCAUUGUAUAAAAUUGGUCGAACUUGCAUCCCGCAUUCAAUGCAUUCGCAUAAAGAGCGAGACGCGCACAUGUCGUUGAACUGGCAUGUGUGCGCGUUAACAAUGACCAUGCAUAAAAGCAACGCAACUUUAAACGACCAUCACGUCAUCGACCCGGAACGGAGUGGAAGGACAUUUUAUCGGCAAGCAUAAAUGAACGGCGUACAUAAAACGCGGUAAUAUACGACGGCGGUUGUGUCUCAAAGAAAUUACAAGUCUUUGCUCCUGAGCUUAUACGUAUACAUGGCAUUCACCAUUUUUGGAUCCAGGAUGGAUGGACGUCAAAUUUUUACCCAAGUAAAAAAUGCUUUUUCAAAACUUUCUUUUUCACUCAAUAGCAAAUCACGUGCACUCUGUUUACUUAGAUUUAUAUUCAUCUCUGAUCCUUCUGAUUUAAGUGAUUCUUCUACAAAUUUUUUAGUAGAUUUAAUUAUAUCACUAGACACCCAAACGGGACAAUUAAGAAAAUUUUAUUUUCCUAAGAAUAAAGUUGUCUUAAUGUACCAUUUUAUCUUUAUUUUUUAUUUUAUUUUUUAUCUUAAUUUUUUCUUGCAAACUUAAAUUCAAACUUCGUAGAUACCUACUUGACAAUUGCAGGUCCGUUUUCGGUUUGGAAGGAUCGCGACAAGUGUGUCAAGUGAUAUCGCACGGAUGAUAAUAUCUCCGGACAUCGCAAUCGAUAACCAGAAGAUUGCAACAUGGUAAAUCGAUUAAACAUAAUUUAACGUAAUAAUAAGAGCAAAUUUUCAUAUAUUUCACGCAAGUAUAGGUGAUGAAACGCUCGGAACAUAUAUUAAGAUUACGUCUAAACGAUAUAUCGCAUGUGGAUUCGAGAUACAUGCGAUCGUUUAGUUUUCUUAGAAUUGUUAUCAAUAAAUUUUACGACUACUUUACAAUGAUAAACGGAAAUUAACGAUAACGUUGCUCUAAGUUGCACAUAAAGCGGCGCGAUUAUUAAUGCAAGUGCCUCUUUGUCUCACAUGAUUUAUAGAUAUAUCUAAUGCCCAUAGAUAUAACUUUCGCAAUAUCUUGCGUAACAUGUUAUUUGCGUCUAAUUGCGCCUAAUUUGAGUGUAACUUAUUGACAUACUACUGUGCAUUAGUGUUUUGACGCUUCGACGAUUAAUCUUAUCUAAUCUCCAUUUUUUAUUCGAUGUGUUUAUGAUUCUUUAAAUGACGCAUUAAUCUCAUCUUGCACACAGAGCGUCCCAUAAUCUGCGCGUACAAAUUGUAUACAAUUCUCUGUGAAUAGAAAAGGCAAUAUUUUCCUUUGGUAAAAUUAGUCCGAGUUUUUGAAUGCGAGCUAUUUAUGACUAAAAUAAUUGCUUCUUCCGGCAUAGAAAUUGUAGGCGCACAAAUUCUGAGAGAUUAUCCUGCAACAAGCAACAGUCGUAAAGGUAUCUGCAGAUGCGCUGAGCAAAUUAAUAAGCGACAGCGACGCAGUCUCCGACUCUUGUACGGGAAUUAAAAAAAAAA